AUGGCGUAUUCGCGGGCCAACCCUUUGGCUUUUACGCCGUGGCCCGUCACCAUAAUUGUCACGGCCGUGUACCUUGCCCUGGUCAUCCCGUUGCUGGUGAUCCACCACCAAGUCCCCGCCAGUCCCAACACGUCCCCGAACGGUCUGAACCUCACCGAAGCAUGGAGCGACCUCCAGACUCUGACGGGAGGGUAUCACCCGUACAACUCGCACCGAAAUGACGAGGUGCACGCAUGGUUAUUACAGCGCAUCGACGAGAUCAAGCAGUCCUCGCUGGCUCGGGAGAAUGACGACAAGCCGGAUGUGUUUGUCUUUGAUGAUCUGAUCUCCAACCUGACUUCCGCCGACCGCGAGACGGGUGUUUACUUUGAAGGCACUAAUAUCCUGGUCUAUAUUCGGGGCUGGGAGGACAGAAAGGAAAACUGGUGGGAGGUUCCUGGCCGAGUGCCUGCUGGUAAGGGCGGCGUGCUGGUCAACGCACACUAUGACAGCGUAUCGACCGGGUUCGGUGCAACCGAUGACGGUAUGGGCGUUGUGACCUGUCUACAGUUGAUCAAGUACUUCACCACACCGGGCCAUGCACCGCGGCGCGGGCUGGUAGUCCUCUUCAACAAUGGAGAGGAAGACUAUCUGAAUGGCGCGAGGGUGUACAGCCAGCACCCGAUGGCCAACUUUGCGCACACAUUCCUCAACCUGGAGGGCGCGGGAGCAGGCGGGAGAGCCACUCUUUUCCGUGCUUCGGACACAGAAGUCGCUCAGUCAUAUGCGAAGUCGAAAUACCCGUUCGGGUCGGUGUUGAGCGCCAACGGGUUUGACACAGGCCUUGUGCGCAGUCAGACGGACUACGUGGUUCUCGAAGGGAUUUUGGGUCUUCGUGGUCUGGAUGUUGCUUUUAUGGAGCCCAGAGCGAGGUAUCAUACCGAUCAGGAUGAUGCAAGACAUGCGAGCAAGAAUUCACUCUGGCAUAUGCUCUCUGCCGCGGUGGCGUCCACCAACGACCUUGUGUCUGACUCGACGGAUCGUUUUGAUGGCCGUCGUCGGGAUAAUGGAAGAGUGCCCAGUGGCUCCGGUACUCCGGCCGUGUGGUUCGAUGUGUUUGGAAGCGGCUUCGCUGUCUUUCGUCUGCAUACUCUAUUUGCAUUGUCGGUCACCCUACUUGUCGUUGCGCCGCUGGCCUUGCUGGUCACCAGCAUCGAGCUUGUCCGCGCAGAUAAGAUGUACCUGUUCCGCUCAUCGGUUUACCAAGAAACCCGUGAUGAGUACGUCUCGCUACGAGGACUGCGGGGAUUCUUCCGGUUCCCGUUCCUGUUUGCCAUCCCCACGGCUGUGACCGUCGGACUGGCCUACCUGGUCACCAAAGUCAACCCACACAUCGUGCAUAGCAGUCAGUAUGCCGUGUGGAGCAUGAUGGUUUCUGCGUGGAUCUUCUCGGCCUGGUUUGUCUCACGGGUGGCCGAUUUUGCUCGGCCCUCAGCCUUCCAUCGGGUCUACACCUGGACAUGGAUGUUUGUCCUUUCGUGGGUAAUGCUGGUUGCUGCCACCGUUUUUGCGAAUGAAGACGGGCUGGCCGGUGGCUAUUUUGUGUUCUUCUGCUUUGCGGGAACCUUCUUGGCUACAUGGGUGUCGUAUCUAGAGCUCUUUUCUCUGCCGCCCAAGUCUGCGUAUGCGGAUCAGUUCACUGCCCCGUCCUCACGACGCCCCAGCAGCCAUGGCAGUCGACUGGGCACUACGACGUCGAAUGACGAUCACGAGGAGAAUGACGAGGAAGACCCCACUGAAUCCACCUCGCUGCUGCGUGGUCGGCAUCGCACCACGUUUGCCAACUAUGUCAACGUCUCGGGAGAACCCACUGAAACAGACGAGGAAGAAGAGAAGAACCCGAAUGUGUACGGACAGGAACAAGCAUGGAGUGCCUCCAUGCCGCGAUGGACCUGGCUUGUGCAGCUCCUCCUUACUGUUCCGGUAACUCUCAUCCUGGCCGGGCCACUGGCUCUCCUCUUGACCAGCGCCCUACAUCAAACCACCCAGGAUGGCAGCGCGCCUCUUUUCGUGUAUGUUGCCAUCGCAGCGUUUACGGCGCUCCUCUUCUCACCACUACUGCCGUUUAUCCAUCGCUACACAUACCACAUCCCGAUCGUGCUCCUGCUCGUCUUUGCCGGCACGCUAGUCUACAACCUCGUCGCCUUCCCCUUCUCCGACUCCAACCGCGUGAAACUCUACUUCGCGCAAGAAGUCAACCUCGCCAAUACCUCCGCAUCCCUCGUCUCCCUGAAAGGAGUCACCCCCUUCGUCGAGGACGUCGUCAGCACUCUCCCCAGUGCAAAUGGCCACCUCGAAUCCUGCGACUGGGUCAUAGACCGCAUGCAGUGUUUCUGGCACGGGCUCCCACCCAACGUCGUCCCAAAUCCCGAAGAAGACUGGGUCUCUUUCAACAUCACCACCCCAGACUCCGCUACAAACCCGACCCACGUCCGCUUCAGCAUAACGGGCCAGAACACACGCGCGUGCAGGAUAACAAUGGACGAGCCCUCCAUCUCCAACUUCAGCGUCGCCGGCUCCUCAGAGCCAGACGACCGCUUCCUCUCCCCUUCUGAGGACGGGCUGAGUGAAAUCCGCCUGUGGAGUCGCGAGUGGGAUCAUACCUGGACGGUGGAUGUCCAGUUUGAUGGUGGGGAGAAAAAACAAAAACUGUCCGGAAAGGUGUCUUGUCUUUGGAGCGAUACUAAUCGCAUCGGCACGAUCCCGGCGCUCGAUGAGGUUAGGCAGUAUAGUCCUGCGUGGGUGGCGGUGUCGAAGUUGUCCGACGGGUUGGUGGAGGGAUAUCGUGCGUUUGAGAUUGGGGGCGAGUGA